GUGGGCGUGUCUUAAACGGCGGGGUUUCAUUCAUAAAUACUUUUAGCUUUAAAAGUCCACAUUAAAGUGUCCGCGGGAGAGUUUUGCGUUUUUGUCUUCGCCCCUCCGCUCCUGAAUGGACCGGGCUGAUCGAGGAGCCAUGCAGCACUGCCAUCCUGUUGCUCCGAGGCCAGUGGGCCAGCCCUGAGGGGAGAAACGCUGCCACUGCCGCUGCCGCCGCUGCUGCUGCUGCUCGGGCUCAGUCGGCUGGGUGGGCUGAGGCGGCUGAGGAUGCAGCAAGGGAGCUGAGGAGGAGACUCCUAAGUUACAGCCCGACGCGCGCACGCACACACAUCCAGAGCUGCUGCUGCGCACUGCCCUCCAUCAGGGGGGACCCUCUAGUUGGCCUGGACCAUGAGCAAUGAGUCUACCGUCUGGAACCUCCUACCAGAAAACUCCACAGAGAUCCCAUUCGAGGCUGAGGAGCAGCAGGACGACUAUGGCCUGCUCCUGGUGAUCCUCUCCAUCUUCCUGGUGGGAUCGCUGAUCUUCAUCUCUGUCUUCCUCAUCGCUUGCCGCCGCCGAAGAGGCCAAUGGUGUGACAGGGCCAACGAUGACCCCGAGAAAACCAACACCACCUACAUGGAGGAGUCUCAGCCCACCCACGAAAUCACCAUCAGGGUGGAUGAGUCAGACUGCCUGUCCAUGGCCAGCUCUCACGACCAAGAGACAGAGCGCUUCCUCUCCACGGGCCCCACGGGCCGCCGCGUCUCCUUCAACGAGGCCGCGCUCUUCGACCACAGCAAGAAGGCCCAGGAGAAGGGCCGCAGGUACACUCUGACCGAGGGCGACUUUCACCACCUGAAGAACGCGCGGCUCACGCACCUCCACAUACCUCCCCCGGCCCUCAAGAUCGUCACCAUCCACGAGUGCGACUCGGCUGAGAACACCAUCACCAUGACGACGCGCCCCGCUGCUAAGUCAGCGCUUUCCAUCUUCCAGCCGAUGCUGUGUCCCCUGCCACAGACGGCGCUGACCAGCUUGAGUGUCAACCCCAGCAGCGCCCUGCCCGGAGACUCCCUCAACUCUGUGGUGGACACCAGCUUCUGUGACAACACUGUGGCCCUCAGCAUCAAGGAACCAACCUCCAGCUCUAUUGAGGUGAUAGGAGUAGGGCCCCGGGGCAGAGGCAGCAGUGUCAGUGUUGGAGAAAGGGCAGCGGUGGGGAGCGGUGCCUUUCCUGCCGGCGGCGGUGCAGGGAGCCCGAGACCGGUGCUGCAGUUCCUCACUAAACUGCGGCGCCAUGCCAGUCUGGAGGGGGCCAGUCCUUACUUUAAGAUCAAGAAAUGGAAGCUGGACAGCAGCCAGAGAGCGUCAAGUCUGGACACAAGAGGCUCCCCGAAGAGGAGGCAGUUCCAGCGCCAGCGAGCCGCCAGCGAGAGCAUGGACCAGGACGACAACGACGCGCACCACAUAGACCUCAUCCAGUACAUCGCCCGCACCCAGGACGUCGCCUACCGCCCGAGCCAGCCCACCACACGCCUCCUCUCGCCUCCUUCAACACCACCCCCCUCACUCGGCAGGGUAGAGGUGGAGGUGAUUGUGGAGCCCAGCUGCAGCCGUGGAGGACCAGGGGUGAUUGGCCUGUCCCCUGAUCCCCAAGAAGAAGCGCUGUCCGUGGCAAGAAGGGAAAGUGCCAACCCGUCGGACCCAGCUGAUCCCCAGGAUGCCCAGUCACUUUACAAAGACAUUUGGACGCUACGCGCGACGCUCGAACAGUACGCCGCCUCAGACCAGAGCAGCAACAACGACAGGAACUCGGUGUGCAGUGAUGCCGACAGUGUGUGUUCACUGGGCGGACGCACGGACACAGAAAGAACAGAGCUCCCCAGCUACCCAUCCCAGGAUUUAGGGGAUGAGGCAGAUGGCGGAGAGGAUGAUAGGGACUUCUUUAUGAAUGUGGAUGAGAAGUCGGGGUUGAAGGAGACCAAAAAGCGGAAACAGGGAAGCACAGACUCGGAGCGAGGUGGCAGCGACGGAGAAACAGGGACUCGCAAGCUGCUGCAGAUGGACAGUGGCUACGCGUCUAUAGAGGCUCCAUCCCGAGGCCCGGAAGACCUGCGGCUGUUUGGGAGCAGCAGCAUCACCGGCAGUCCAAAGGACAGAACGGCCCACGAGAAAAGGCACCACUUCACCAACGCGGGACGAACGGGUACCAUCGGCGAGAGCUUUGAGUCUCACCUCUUCGAGGAAGAGCCCGAAGAUGAGUUGCUGGGCGCCAGUGGAGGAGCUUCCGUUGAAACAGGCGCCAGUUCUCUGAGCUGGUUCCCAUACGGACAGAUGCUCAUGCCUCGGGAGGCCACCCAGCCUCCGCCUCAAGCGCUCACCUUGCACCGGCGAGAUUACAGCAUCGACGAGAAGACGGACGCCCUCUUCCACGAGUUUCUCCGCCACGACCCUCAGUUCGACCAGCAGGAAUCGCCGCUGAGAAAGCACCGUUCCCGGAUCCACCUCAGAAAGCAGUGGCAGCGCCACAAGCAGUGGAGCGACCCCGGUGUCCGGCACUUCCAGUCCUCCUUUGAGAGGCAGCGGACCCCGCUGCGGAGGGGUGACAGCGUGAACUACCCCCUGGACACGAGCUACCACAGUACACUGCCCCGCAUUGUCAGCGCGCCUGACGAGGAGAGCAGCGACGGGACCGGCAGCACUCCUGACACUCCAAAGGUGGAGCCCACUACUACCAGGGAUGACGGAAAGGACAAGGAGCAGGGUGCUCCCGUCAGAGACGCUGAGGGCCACGUAUCCUCCCCUCUUUCUCUUCGUCCGUCCAUUUCAGAUAGAGAUGCGGGGGUUAGUGAGCACCCUGACUCUCAGGAGGACAGCAAACAGACGUCCGGUCAGCCUCCCGAACCCUCAGGUGAGCGUUCACCCCCUCAGCUGCCCGACUCUUUAGGCUACGGGCCGCAAACCAUCACGGCAGAGCUCACGGACAAACUGACUGCUAACCUGGACGAGAGGCUGUACAGGGGGCUCCGCAGGACCAAGGACACGGCCACCGAGUGUGUGACGGUGGCGGCCACACACGCUUCUCCAGACCACAGCCCAGUGUAGCAGGGCUCCAGUCCUCCUCCUCCUCCUCCUCAAACUCACUCGUGCUGAUAACACGCUUUUCUUGUGUUUGGUUUGUCUCGCCUCAGUUUAAACAUCCCUCUGUGUGCAGCUUUAAUGUUGUGAUCCAGAUCCAUAGCGAAAACCUUGCAAAAUGUGCUUUAAAUCAGUCCACAAGUAAGCGCUUGCUCCCAGAUAAUUGGGGCUACAGCCGAUCCACCGUCCUCGUCUGUGCAAACCGUUCAGUGUCACCGUUUUACAUUUCGCCCGACGACGAAAAUAGAAAAUGAUGGAUGCUAACAUAUCAGAAACGACACGAGUUUAGUAAUAACUGCUUCCUCACUGAGUAAUUCUGUGUAGUCUGUUUCCAUCUCUGAUGCUGUCUUUCCUGUCUGUGCUAGAAUAAAUGAAGCGGAGGGCUCUUAUGGCCUCCUUGAUCCACUGUGAAACCAGGUGCUAUGUAGAAAGCUACUGAACUGAACUGGACACAGCAGUUACCUGCCGGUCCUGUGGCCAUACACCAUUGGAUAAUAAGCCGUUUUACCAUAUUUUACGAGAUUGGUUCAAAUUAGUCUAAAUUAAGCAUUAUUUAUCAUGACGUCGGUCCAUGCUAGGACAACCAGACUUUUAAUUUCAAACGAAGGGCCUUCUCAAGGAGCGUCACACUUUCCCAAAAGGUCCAGAGAACCCCAAAUUCCUCAAUUCCGUCUUUUGAAAAUGGAUCCUUUGUGUCGUCAUUAAGUGUGCAGCUGAUCACGAUGCUUGUUGUAUUUGACCAAAAAUGCAUACCUGCUCUGUAACAAUUUUUUUGUUUAUCCUCAUUGGUUUGUUUAAUGAGUAGAAACACAUUUUUGUACGUCUGCAUUGCUUAAAAUGAAAAGUGUGGAAGGUUUGAAGAGGACAGAUGUCCCGCACCGACUGACACGACUAUCAGACUAGACGGGCUCCAGCACUCUGGUAUAAUGACUCCUUAUCAGCCACACAUAUAACGGAUGUAUUUACAUGAGCUAUGACUCCGAGUAUUACUGGGAUUCGCCGACAUGACGUGUCUGUCCUUGCAUGGAGAACAGGCUCGUACUCAUCAGGCAGGUUUACAGCCAUGACACGGGCACUCACAUUGAAGCCGUUAGACACAAUGACUGCCUUCACAGAUGUUUAGUGUUUAUUGAAUUUACAAGAAAGGCAUGUGUUAUCGUGCAUGGGGCUCCCAUAACAGGCUUUACUUGUCCACAUAUGACAUUCUUGUUUUCCCUCCUCGUCCUCCUCUUCUGCUGAGAUAGUCGACGCCGCAGUAGAUGCUUCCCUCGAGGGUUGAGUACUUCACUUCCUGCCAGCUUUUAAAACCAAACCGAACAAAGGCCGCAUCUGUAUUUAAAUUCAAUAUAUUUUUCUCCUGUUUUGCUUCUUGGCGUUUACGACAGGCUGCCGCUCACGUACAACCAUGUCACCAGAUUAGGUCUCGCUGGCGAAGAAUGCGCGCGAUGGCCACAAACGCUGUAUGUAAAUAAUCUGCUUUCACGUCGUCAGCUGCAGCGGCAGGUUGAGCGUAACCCAGUUUUGCUCACGAUAUCUUUUUCUCAGAGGGAGUGCAGGGCUCUCCGUCUCUCCCACAUGCAGGGGGGGGGGGAUCACAGCAGAAGAUGGUGUUGAAUAUUAAUCAUAAGAGAACAAGGGAAGCCCUUCCUCGGGUCUCCUGAUCUCUUUGAGGCUGUUGCUAUGCAGUGGAUCGAAAGGAGUGAACUGAAAUAUCAGAGGAACAAACAUUAUCCUCCGCUCUUUGUCUGGGAGGAUGAUGACGCUCCUUUCCAGCCUGCCCAGAUUAGAUCUGUCUCCCGUUCGUGACUCCUCUUGUGGCUAAGUGAGGCAGGAGCCGUGUUCCUCAUUAGCAGAACAAUGGCCGAGAUGAAAGGAGGUGAGCCCAUCGCUCUCUCUUUUCUUUCCCAUCACACACAUUCAGCCAUUAUGCCAUCAUUAAGAUUAUGGCACAAUUCUGUGAUGUUCUUUUUUUUUUUUUUUUACGACGGCACUAAUCAGCAGGAAGGGGAUGAAAUAUCAGCAAUUUCCCUCUCAGUUAAGGCGGCAGUGGCAUCUUGACUAUGGUGAGUCUGGUGAAAGACAAAGACGGGUACACUUCAUUCAGACCUAAAGCCGGAACGUGUCAGAGCUCAGAUCCAGCUGGAGAUGACAACAGUCCAGCCAAGGCAGAGAAAAUGGCCACGACUGCAUUAAGAUCAGUACAUCUGUACAAAUAUUGAAGUUUGCCGUGUACACAAGCACAAUGUCGCAAGAGCUAGACUAAAUCAAUGUCCUUUAAUAGGUUUAGACAGAUGCUGUGUAACUCGGGACACUGUGGUAAAUGGUGUUAGUGUACUAACCAGUAGCCUGUCAAAUGCAGUGAAGCAUAGCCAUGUGUAGGUCUGCAUGAGAGUUAACAUUUUAGUGCAAAUCUUUUCUCAGACUUAUGGUACAAUCCGAUCAGGUCCAUAGUUAAUGUCAUUUGUUUAAGGCAACAGUCAAAACGUUGGUAUGACUAGAAAUUUUGUAUUUUAUGGAAUCUACUUUUAAGAGUCAUGCUAGGAUGCUGUAACUGAUGAGAUUUUGUGAGAUUUAUCUCCCUGAAAGUAGAAAUAUUUCUGUAUUCCUUGCUUGUUAGUAAACUGCUUAAUUUCUCAAAGGAGAUCGACGAGCUUUCUUAACGACGUUGCUUUAGUUGAUCCAAAUCUAUCGAGCCUUGAGGGACCAAAUUGUUUUAAAAAGAAUAAUAAAAAAGUACUAUUUUAGGGUUUGUUUUGAAAUCUGUGAAUAAACGAAUGAAGCAAAAAACGGUUAUAACGUGGCUUUUUUCAAAGCAGUGCUUGCUAAUCAAGGCGUGGGAAUGGAUCACAGAGAGGGUUCCCUCUCAUGAAUCUCAUUUCAUUUUUCUCUGUUGCCUUGA